GUGAAGCAGGCGGCUGUGUGCGCGUGCGUGGCCGCGUUUUGAUGCCGCUGGCCGCUGGCUCCGUGCUUGCGGAGCGCGCCAACAUGUCUUCCGCGUCGCCCGAGAUCUUCCACGACAUGUGGCAAGACAUCGAGAGCAUCCUGCUGAACCAGCCGGCGGCGCCGCAGGCGUCCCCGGUGAGCCUGUGCGCAUCGUGGACGGUGCUGGGCCCGCCGUCGCCGCCCCUUCCUCCGCCGCCCCCGCAGGCGGCGCCCACCGCCAUCGGCACCCCCUCCUACCCGGACGUGGACGAGGACGAGCCGCUCGCCUACCAGGGCGAGGAGUUCGUCGACUUGGACAUGCUGAUCAACUACGCCGCCGAGCAGCACAACUUCUACCCGCAGGGCGGCGACUGCAAGGACGCCGCGCCGGCGCCGGCACAACCGCAGCAGCAACACCAGCAGCAGCAGCAGCAGCAGCCCGACGACGGCGCAGUGUGCUUCGGGGACGCGAGCGCCGGCAGCGACGAGCAGGACGUGCUAAGGCUAGGCGACGUGGCCAGGGGGUUCCAGCCGGCCACCUCCUACAACGGCCUCAUGACGAUCGUGCCGGCGCAGCAACAGGCGCAGGUGGCGUACAGCCACGGUCAGAUCUCCCCUCCGGCCAGCCCGGAGAACCAGGACCUGGGCAAGGCGCUGGCCGCCGGCGCGCUGGUGGCGCAGCCGGCCGCCACGGCGCUCGCCAAGAUCAUGACGCCGCCGUCGUCGCCCAACCUCGCCGACCUGCUGUCGCAGCCGCAGCCGCAGCCGCAGCCGCAGGCACCGCCCCCGCCGCCGCCGCCGCCGCCGCAGCAGCAGCAGCAGCCGGCGCAGCCCUUCCAGCCCGUCGACGGCGGCCACAAGCCGAAGCGCUGUCGGCGCAGCUGCGGCCGCAAGAAGCUGACGACGCACACGUGCUCGCACCCGGGCUGCGGCAAGACGUACACAAAGUCGUCGCACCUGAAGGCGCACCUGCGCACGCACACGGGCGAGAAGCCGUACCAGUGCGGCUGGAAGGGCUGCGGCUGGAAGUUCGCGCGGUCCGACGAGCUGACACGCCACUACCGCAAGCACACGGGCGACAGGCCCUUCCAGUGCCGGCUGUGCGAGCGCGCCUUCUCGCGCUCCGACCACCUGUCGCUGCACAUGAAGAGGCACGUCAGCGUCUGAGGGGUCCUUCCGCACCCAUCCGAGCAGUUACCAGCGCCUGUGGACGUUACCCGUUUGUGCGAACUGGGCUAAAUGGCAGCGCGACGCCGCCCCACUGUCGCCGUUACCUUUUGCGUAAACUUUCAGAUACCCGAGUGGAUAGUAGUCACUGUAGGAAUGUAAAUAUUUUAAAGGUUACCAUACUGCACUCGUGAUUUAGUACACAGAAAAUGACACUACGAACACUUAAAUGUGCUAUAAAGAAUACGAUCUUUAAAAUACUCAUUUAAAUACGUCUUAUAGUAGCUUUAAUGGUCAAACAUAUGCCGACGAAGCCAUAUUUGUUUUCUGUGUGCCAUUCGUAUAGAGAGUAAGCGAGUGACGAGGUGAUGUUGUAAGUUGAAAGACACUGUUCUAAAGUAUCGCGUAAUGCGAGAUUUAUUGUGGGCUGUGUGAAUGUGUGUACACUAUUAAGAAAAACUGUGCUUUCUCUAAUGUUUUACUGUAUGUGAAUCUGAUGUUCAGUAUUUGUGCAGCAUUUGCUGAAAUCUCCGACGGAAUGAACUUCGAUUUGUCCUGAGAGGACGCGCAGCAUCUAUUAUUAAAUUGUUUCAUUAGAUUGGAAAGAUGACUGUUAGACUCUCACUAUUCAAAUAUUUCGAAUUAACAAUGAUCACCACAGCACAUAUUAACCAUCUCAACUGAAGUAAACUCUGCCUUAAUCUUAUGAAAGACAUGUCUAAGGAAAAAGAAUGUGUGUACAGUACUUUGAACAACAAGUAUGUGAACUUGAAAAUGGCAGACAUUUUCCAUUGUAACUUGUUUUUAUUCUUAAUCAAACUUUGUGUCUUCUAGAAAAUGUUUAACUGGCUAAGUAACGAAUCGUUGAAAAGAUUGUAUGUGAAGCCUUCAGGGUCAAAUUAUCUGAAUUUUUAAGCAAUACCUUAUCUAACAAUAUACCCUUUUAAGAAACAGCUGAAUUUUUGCACACUUUGAGUAAGUCUUAAGUACAAAGAUGUCUUGUCGAUAUUUGAGAAAUUAAGAUUACUUUCUCUUUCUCAAAUAUGUGUGUGUACCAAUGGGAACUAAAAAUAGGAAUAAAUUUAAUAUAUACGCAUGAAAA